CUUACCUCAGUAACCCUUCAGCUCAGAGUUCAUUCUCCUUCUCCUCUUCUUCUUCUUCUUCUUCUUCUUGGGCUCUGCACCUUAAAAAUGGCGGCAGGUGCGUGUGAGGCGGCUCAUCCUCCGCAGAAGCCCCGGAGAAACUAUUAUGCUUAUGCCUGCGGUUUUCUCGCGUCCAUGACUUCCAUCCUUUCUGGUUAUGAUAUUGGGGUGAUGAGCGGCGCCGUGAUCUUCAUAAAAAAGGAUCUGAAUAUCACCGAUGUCCAAGUCGAGAUCAUCGCCGGCGUGCUCCAGGUCUACUCGCUCGUGGGUGCUCUGGCCGCAGGACGGACGUCCGACUGGCUAGGCAGGCGAUACACGAUCGUCCUAGCCGGCUGCAUAUUCUUCGUCGGCGCCCUGGUCAUGGGCUUCGCCUCAUCCUACGGCUGGCUCAUGGCAGGUCGUUUUAUCGCCGGCGUCGGGGUCGGCUACGCCCUCAUGAUCGGCCCGGUGUACACCGCUGAGCUCGCGCCGGCCUCCUCGCGCGGCUUCCUCAGCUCUUUCCCGGAGGUCUUCAUCAACGUCGGCAUCCUGCUCGGCUACGUCUCCAACUUCGCCUUCGCCAAGCUUCCGCUCCGGCUCGGCUGGCGACUCAUGCUCGGCGUGGGGGCCAUCCCUUCCCUCAUCAUCGCCAUCGCCGUCCUCGUGAUGCCCGAGUCGCCACGUUGGCUGGUCAUGCAGGGGAGGAUGUCAGACGCAAAGAGGGUACUGGAGCGGACUUCCAGCUCGCCGCAGGAAGCGGCGGUGCGGCUGGCGGACAUCAAGUCGGCAGCCGGGGUGAUGGAGGAAGGCGACUCAGUGGUGUCGGUGCCGAAGAAGCACCACGGGGAGGGGGUGUGGAGGGAACUGUUCAUCCGCCCGAAGCCGCACGUCCGGCGCAUCAUGGUGGCGACGCUCGGGAUCCACUUCUUCCAGCAGGCGUCGGGGAUCGACUCGGUGGUGCUGUACAGCCCCAGGGUGUUCGACAAGGCCGGGCUGAACAAAUCGGCGGCGCUGCUGGCGACGGUGGCCGUCGGCUUCACGAAGACGCUCUUUAUCCUGGUGGCGACGUUCACGCUGGACAAGUUCGGCCGGCGGCCGCUGCUGCUGACGAGCGUGGGAGGGAUGAUCGUGACGCUGGUGGGGCUGGGGACGGGGAUGACGGUGGUCGGUCACCACUCGCAGAAGGUCGAGUGGGCCGUCGGCCUCUCCUUCGCCUCCAUCAUGGCGUACGUGGCAGUGUUCUCCAUAGGGAUGGGACCCAUCACGUGGGUGUACACGUCGGAGAUCUUCCCGCUGAGGCUGCGGGCGCAGGGCGCCAGCUUCGGCGUGGUGGUCAACCGGAUGAUGAGCGGCGCCGUCGCCAUGACCUUCCUCUCCCUCUCCAACGCCAUCACCAUCGGCGGGGCAUUCUUCCUCUACGCCGGCUUCGCCAUCGCCGCCUGGAUCUUCUUCUUCACCUUGCUGCCGGAGACCAAGGGGAAGUCGCUCGAGGAGACGGAGGCGCUCUUCGGGAGGAAAAAGGACGCAGUACCCGCCCUUGCUGCUGCCGCUGCACCCGGUGAGCUGCAGAUGGGGGCAAAGAAAGACGUUUCUACGAUACCCCUGGAGGAUGGUAGGGUCUAAAUUAUUGUACAGAAAGCGACGGAUAAAGAUCUGGCGCUUUGUUUCAUCGCGUGACUCUUCUUAGCCUUUUUCUUCUUUUGAAAAGAUUGUCAAACGAUUCAGUAUUGUCAAUAAGUAAUGUGUGUGUGUGAGAGAGGGCAGCUUACCUCUACCAUUUCCGGUCUUUCAGCUUUUGCAUACUCAUGGUAUACAGAGAGUGAAGAAGAAUCCCACUGCAUUCAGUUGAUUUUUA